AAAUUUGGAAUCUGUGGGGAGUUGGUAAUGCUGUCAAGUGUUGGCUUAGCUAAUGGUUUAAAUUACUUUUACUUGUCAUUUUUUCCAUAUUUUUUAAUUUAUACUUCAAAUUGCAAUAAAUCAUCCCACUAGUAAAAUAAUUUUAUUCAAUUAUUUCACAAUAAUCAUUCGUUCUAUUUCUGAAGACUCGAAUAAUAAAUUAAUAAUUUUAUUAAUUUUAAAGUUAUUACCUAUGGUUGGAAGACGUUCAGAUUCCGAUGAUCAUAAGCUCUUUGUAGGGAACUUGGUGGACAGUGUGACAUCACAGGAUCUUGAUUUAUUAUUUUCGAAAUAUGGCAAAGUGACUAAUGUUUGGGUCGCCAGAAAUCCUCCAGGAUUCGGAUUCGUCACGUUUGACGAUCCGAGAGAUGCUAAAGACGCUCUCAUUGAACUCAAUGGAAAAGAUCUACACGGAAACUCAUUGAGGAUCGAACGUUGUAGAGGAGAUAAAUCUAAUCGUAGGAGACCUUAUAGAGAACCUUAUUCCAGAGAUAAUAAAUCUAGGCGUAGUAGGAGUAGAUCGCAUAGUCGUGGUAGACGAAUCCGUUCAAGAAGUCCCAGUUACAGGAGAGUACGUUCUCGUAGCUCUUAACACUCACAAUUCCUCACACCACUUAUUUUCCUCUCUUAUCUACACAUGUUAACAUUGUUAAUGUUUAUGUAUUACA